CCUAAUGCAAAAAAUUUAAUGUUAUAUCUACAUACAUAACUAUGGUGCUGUGUUGUUCAAUUAGUUUUAGUGUAAAAUAUAAUUAUAUUAAAAAUAAUUAAUAAGUUAGUGAAAGCAUCCAAUAUCGGCCUAAGUGCAACCAUAUGUAUUUUAGCUGAUCAAUACCCGCUGCUCCUUAUCAAAUAUUUUUGUAACUACCCAAUAAAUGCAGGAUAUUUAUACAUGUAAACUUCUGCUGGUAACAGGUCUGCUAUCGUAUCAAGUAAUUGAGAUAAAUGAUAACACCGUUUGUGGUACAGACACACAAAGUGAUCAGCAGUAGCAGUGGCAAAUACCGACGUACAUAUACGCCCAAAGAAUUUUGAAAGACCAACAAAACGCAUAGGUACUUAAGCGUCAUUAAGAUAUAUUUGUACGACAUGAGUCCGUUAGCACGCACAUGGAUUACCACAUCUUCCAGUUGUCGACCGUGGUCAAUAUUGCAGCGCACAAAUAUAUUUUCCACCCAAACCAAACGAUUCUGCCAACAAAAACUUGCCGUAAGUGUUCUAAACAUGCUACAAUCAUUUACCUAUAACCGCAGCUGGACACUUUCGUCUCCCAAUACGAGGCUCCUGUCCACCGUCUCAUGUUUUUUAUCACCAACUGUGACAACAGCGUUGUCGUCAUUGCGAUUACUUACGGCGAAGCCGUUGUUGUUGUGUAAUAGGAAUUUUUUUCUCAUAAAAAAUAAAAAAAUUUGCACAGUUGACAGUUCAUAUCUCGUGCACAAUCAGAAGCGUUAUUGUUGUCAUAACGUUCUGUCGUCUCAUUCACAUUUGCAACCCAAUCAUCUGCUAAGUGAUUGUCAACGAAUACAAACGCGAACGCAAACGCGUUACAUUUCAAGUGCAAGCAAAUUAUUUCAAAAAAGUUUCACCCGUGGAGUAGUUAUGGAUGCGCCAGAGGGUGUAUUUAGAGGAACUAUUGACCGCUUCAAUGGUGUACUAAUCGAGUCAGCAAGCGAGCACGAUGAAACGACGGAUUUCGCAAAGAAACUACAAAAAUCUUUGGACUACUGGAUUUCAAUUAAACGCCGCGCCAUUUGGUUUACAGUGCAGAAGGAGCAUGCUGCAUGGGUACCAGAAUUAGCUAAGGCCGAUUUUGAAUUCCAUCAUGUUUGUACCUCAUCUUCCUCUGUUGUGAUGUAUCGUUGGCUACCCACGGAGGAAUACGCUAAUAUACCAACCUUUUGCCACACCAUGCUUGGUGUUGGCGGUCUCGUAGUCAAUGACAAUGAUGAGGUGCUAGUUGUUAGUGACCGUUAUGCAUUGAUCGCAAACAGUUGGAAACUACCUGGUGGUUAUGUUGAGCCAGGGGAGGAACUUGUGAACGCAGCUAUACGCGAGGUGAAGGAGGAGACCGGCAUUGAUUGUGUUUUUCGUACUGUGCUCAGUAUACGACAUUCACAUGGUGGCAGUUUUGGUUGUUCGGAUAUGUAUGUGGUUGUGGCUUUGAAACCGCUCAAUUUGGAGGUGCACAAAUGUGAACGUGAAAUUGCUAAAGCCAAAUGGAUGCCUGUUGCGGAGUAUUUGCAGCAUCCAGAUGUACACGAAACAAAUCGUCAUUUUAUGCGUACCUAUUUGGAUUAUAAUAAACGCGGCAUCUGCUUUACAUAUGAGCGUGCCCAACAUAGUGUAUUGAAGCGCGAAUAUGCAUUGUAUUUUAUGAAACCGAUUGAAGGUCACAACGAAAGUUGAAUAGUGUAACAAUAGUCGCUCGCUGUUAAUAGAAUCAAAUGAGAAAACAUUGUUUAAGUACUUGAUUGCACUUCAUUGCGCUCUUAGUGAUGAUUUUUUUUUUAACAAAUUAAUUAGAUUUACCACAAAGUGGCCUUUUCAAAUAGACUAACAAAAUACGAAAAUAUAAAUUAUUUUGCUAAUUUACCAAAUAUUGGAAAAACACGAGUACAAAUUCAUUAAAAAAAUCGAAAGUUUACUUAGCUCUACAAUAUAAAAAAUGACGAAAUAAUGUCGAAAGUGUCAAUGAAUCACUGCGCUGCACUGUUAGCAUAGCGUAAUAAAGAUUUAAAUUAAUUUUAAAGUUUUGUAUGCUUGUAGUCAAAAUACCUUAUGUAAUAUAUUUAUGUAUUUACGUAUCCAUUAUUUGUUAUGACUAAGUUUGUUUAUUGAACUAAUGACAAAAAUACAAUACAAAUUUUG